UCAGGUGUUGCCCACCCGCAAAAUCAGACAGAAAAUCCCAAACCCCAUCACCACCUAUGUCUCCCUUGUCCCUCCUCCUUCUCGUCGCCGCCGCCGUGGCCGCCGCGCCGCUCGCCUCCGCGGCCAGCGGCGCCUCGCCAAACGGCGCAGCCAACGACCUCCUCCCGAAGUACGGCCUGCCGAGGGGCCUCAUCCCGGACUCCGUCUCCUCCUACUCCUUCGACGAGACCACCGGCGACUUCGAGAUCCACCUCGCCGGCACCUGCUACGUCUGGUUCGGCGACCACCUCGUGUACUACGAGAAGAACAUCCGCGGAUGCCUCUCCCCGGGGAAGAUCACCGGCCUCUCCGGCAUCCAGGCCAAGAAGCUCUUCCUCUGGGUCUCCGUCUCGGGCAUGGUCGCGCACCCCAAGGAGGGUACCCUGGAGUUCCAGGCAGGGUUCAUCUCGGAGGCGUUGCCCGCGUCGCUCUUCGACAAGGUGCCCUCCUGCGGCGCCAGCGCCGGCGCGCAGCUCCGCGGCGUGGCUGGUGUCAUCCGGGAGCUUGGCCUGCUCCCCGUUGCCGAGGCUUGAGCUUCGAGCUAGACACCUUACUUGCAUCAAAACUUGAGCACCUCCUUGGAUCCGAUGUUGUUACUACAUGAGUGAAUGAAAAGAUGUCUGGAGCCUUUUUUGAGCUCAGAAAGAGGCUCUGCAAUGCUGUGUGCUGCUGAGCUUUGUAUGUGUAUGUCGCUUCUCUCCUUAGUGAACAUGGAUUUCUGUGUUUAGAAUUGUACAUCUAAUUGCUGUUUGCUGAAACAUGUGUAAAAUGUACAUCACGAAUUGUUUCAUAGUACGCAUUUUAUUUCUC